AUUUUCUAGAGAAAUCAUUGGGAACUGUUGGAGGUAGUCUGAUGUUAUGGCAAUUUGGAAGAACAUUUGGAUUGAAUGACAGUGCAGGCAGACAAUGGCGGAGAGAUGGCUGUGGACGUUAAUCCCAUGGAGAGGAGGCUGGAACCUGCGCUCCAAAGCGCCUGGACAAGAGGAGGAACGGCACGUUAGAGCAAAUGACCGUGACUACAAUGAGAAGUUCAAUUACGCAGACAAUCACAUCAAGACAGCGAAGUAUACCUUCUACACCUUUCUACCUAUUAACUUGUUUGAGCAGUUUCAGCGGUUUGCCAACGCAUACUUCUUAGUUCUGCUCAUCCUACAGCUGAUUCCAGAGAUCUCCUCCCUGUCCUGGUUCACCACUAUUGUGCCUUUAGUGCUGGUACUGAGUAUCACCGCCGUAAAAGAUGCUACUGAUGACUAUUUUCGCCAUAAAAGUGAUCAACAAGUCAACACACGCCAGUCUCAGGUACUCAUCCAGGGAAUACUACAAAAUGAGAAAUGGAUGAAUGUUAGAGUUGGAGACAUUAUAAAACUUGAGAACAACCAGUUUGUUGCUGCUGAUCUGCUCCUGCUCUCCAGCAGUGAGCCCUAUGGGCUGUGCUAUAUUGAGACAGCGGAGUUAGAUGGAGAGACAAACCUGAAGGUGCGCCAAGCCUUGACUGUAACCUCAGACCUCGGAGCAGACGUUGCCAAGCUUGCAGAGUUCGAUGGAGAAGUUAUUUGUGAGCCUCCCAAUAAUAAACUGGAUAGAUUCACUGGGACUCUGUACUGGAAAGACAACAAGUAUUCUCUGGACAAUGAGAAAAUGCUGCUGAGAGGGUGUAUGCUCAGAAACACUGAAUGGUGCUUUGGCCUGGUCAUCUUUGCAGGGCUCCAAACCAAGCUGAUGCAGAACUGUGGGAGGACGAAAUUCAAAAGGACCAGCAUUGACAAGUUGAUGAACACUUUGGUCCUGUGGAUCUUUGGAUUUCUCAUCUGCAUGGGGAUUAUUCUGGCUAUCGGGAAUACCAUCUGGGAGGAAAAAGUUGGAAAAAACUUCUGGGAAUACCUGCUUUGGGGUGAACUACUAAACAGUGCUGUCUUAUCCGGAUUCCUUACUUUCUGGUCUUAUAUCAUUAUCCUCAACACAGUUGUUCCCAUCUCUCUUUAUGUUAGUGUUGAGAUACUGCGUUUAGGCCACAGCUAUUUUAUAAACUGGGACCGCAAGAUGUACUACAGUUCUAAGGACACUCCUGCUGAAGCAAGAACCACCACACUGAAUGAAGAGCUGGGCCAAGUGGAGUUCAUCUUCUCAGAUAAAACCGGGACCCUCACUCAAAACAUUAUGGUCUUUAAUAAAUGCUCCAUCAAUGGCAAGACAUAUGGUGAUGUAUAUGAUGAGUUUGGACACAAAGUGGACAUCACAGAGAAAACACCAUGUGUGGAUUUCUCCUUCAACCCACUAAUGGACAGGAGGUUCCGUUUCUAUGACAGCAGCAUGGUGGAGGCCAUUAAACUGGAGGAGCCGUUGGUGCAGGAAUUUUUUAGGUUGCUAGCUCUGUGCCAUACGGUCAUGCCUGAAGAGAGGAGUCAAGGGGAGCUGGUGUAUCAGGCUCAAUCACCAGAUGAAGGAGCCUUGGUUACUGCAGCUCGCAAUUUUGGCUUUGUGUUUCGAGCCAGAACACCAGAGACCAUUACGCUGUAUGAGAUGGGCCAACCUGUCACCUACCAGCUUCUGGCUAUACUAGAUUUUAACAAUGUUCGGAAGAGAAUGAGUGUUAUUGUGAGAAAUCCGAAAGGGCAACUGAAGCUUUACUCCAAAGGAGCUGACACAAUCAUUUUUGACAGACUAGACCCAUCUAAUGAGGAUCUCAUGCACACUACCUCAGAACAUCUUAAUGAGUUUGCUGGUGAGGGUUUGAGGACGUUAGCGCUGGCCUACAAGGAUUUGGAUGAGGACAUGUUUGAUGAGUGGAUAAAGAAGCUGCUGUUUGCCAUCACAUCACUGGAGAAUAGAGAAGAGAGACUUGGGGCUCUCUACGAGGAGAUAGAACAGGAUCUGAUGCUUCUUGGAGCUACAGCCAUAGAAGAUAAACUGCAGGAAGGAGUGCCAGAAACCAUUAGCUGUUUGACUCUGGCCAAUAUUAAGAUCUGGGUGCUAACUGGGGACAAACUAGAGACAGCAAUGAAUAUUGGAUACUCCUGUAACAUGUUACGAGAUGACAUGAACGAGGUGUUCAUAAUCUCAGGUCACACUUUGCUUGAGGUUCAGCACGAGUUAAGAAAUGCCAGAGAGAGAAUUAUGGGUCCUAACAAAGAGACGUUCGGAAGCGGCCAAGACUUGAGAAAGAGUGAUAUGUAUGCCAGUGACUCUGUGUUUGAAGAAACCAUUAUUGCAGAAUAUGCACUUAUCAUUAAUGGACACAGCUUGGCCCAUGCACUGGAGGCAGACCUGGAACAGAUUCUGUUGGAAGUAGCCUGCUUAUGUAAGACUGUGAUCUGCUGUAGAGUAACUCCUCUGCAGAAAGCUCAGGUGGUGGAGCUGGUCAAAAGGCAUAAAAAAGCUGUUACUCUGGCCAUUGGGGAUGGAGCCAAUGAUGUCAGCAUGAUCAAGACGGCCCACAUUGGUGUGGGUAUCAGCGGGCAGGAGGGCAUGCAGGCUGUUCUGGCCUCAGACUAUUCCUUUGCCCAGUUUCGCUACCUACAGCGCCUCCUGCUGGUCCACGGCCGUUGGUCCUAUCAUCGCAUGUGCAACUUCCUUUGCUACUUCUUCUACAAGAACUUUGCUUUCACACUUGUGCAUUUCUGGUUCGGGUUUCUAUGUGGCUUCUCUGCACAGACUGUGUAUGACCAGUGGUUCAUCACCCUGUUUAAUAUAGUCUACACAUCUUUGCCUGUUCUUGCAAUGGGCUUGUUUGACCAGGAUGUGAAUGAACAGUACAGCCUGCGCUACCCUAACUUGUACCAACCUGGGCAGUUUAAUCUCUUGUUUAACAAGCGCAAGUUCUUCAUGUGCACCAUCCAGGGGGUGUACACUUCAUUUGUCCUCUUCUUCAUCCCCUAUGGGGCAUUUCUGUCUGCUGUGCGAGAUGAUGGGUCCCACAUAUCUGAUCAGCAAUCCUUUGCUGUUACUACAGCAACCUCACUGGUCAUCGUGGUUAGCGUCCAGAUUGGUCUUGACACAAACUACUGGACUGCUGUGAACCACUUCUUUAUAGGGGGUAGUCUGGCCAUGUACUUCGCUAUACUGUUUGCAAUGAACAGUGAUGGCAUCUUUAAGGUAUUUCCAAACCAGUUCCCAUUUGUAGGAACAGCACGGAACACUUUAAAUCAAAAAAUUGUCUGGCUUGUGAUUCUCCUCGUGACAGUGGUGUGUGUCAUGCCAGUAGUAGCCGUACGCUUCCUCAGGACAGACCUCCAUCCUACACAAACUGACAAAGUGCGCUUGCUCCAGCAGGCCAGCAGGAAACAGGGGCCUCAGGAGCAGAAUCUGAGACGAGUGCGCAGGACCAGUUCCCGUCGCUCUGCCUACGCCUUUGCCCACCAGCAAGGAUAUGGAGAACUCAUUACCUCUGGCAAGAACAUGAAGGUCCAUACUUCCUCCACUUCAGCGUUCCCUGGCUCAUCUCCAGAGAGAAGCAAAAGCAGUACCAGCUGGACGGAGGACAUGGCAAAAAAGGAAACGGACACAAACCAUACAACAGCUGCUGAAGAGACUAUGUAUUCUGGAGUUAUAGAGCACCCCAGGAGUAGAAGAAGGCACAGCCUAGAGACAGUAUACACAGUCUGAUCGACUGGCAGACAACACAAGAUGUAGGGUAAGCUAAAACAAAUUCCCAGCUCAGUGAAAGUAAGGGGAUUUCUACAUAUGUAGUCAUGACCAAAAGCAGGGAGCAGCACCAGAUGAACUUGAAAGUACUGUAUGGACACAUGACUAUAUACAUAAUGAGAAUUUAAAUUGUCAAUGUCUGGACAGUGGCUUAGAAAACACAGAACACUCCAGGUGUGCUCUGCGCUGUACAGCUAUAUGGAGAGUGGUUUGGGUUGAUCAUACAGCAGAAGACAUGCACAUGCCGUGACACUGAAAGAAAAGCAGCAUUGCACAGAAGAGACUCCAAAGAGCAAGCAUAAUGAAGCACAGAUAAGACUCUUUACCUUUUUCAUGCAAAAUCCCUCAGUGCACUUUCAUUUAGUUGAGAGUCACUGACUCAGAGAACGCGCUAUGUUUCUACUCUAUUUGGUUUUCAUUUCAUUUCCCCAACUGACUGAGACAAGCAUGCAGAAUUUCUACAAAGCCCUUCAAAUGCUUCCAGUAUACUGCAGAGCAAUCGAGGUAACUGCGUGCAUCAAUUUAAUGCAAUUAUCUGAGGCACUGGUAAACAGUCCUCUCAGGAUUUCUGCUAUUUAUAGUUAGUCUCAAAACUAUCACCAACUUACAUGCUUUACAAAACUUUCAUACAAAAGGAUGAAAGCAAUGUUAUGACAGGGUUGAAGGCGUUUACAAUUAUUAAUACAAUAAUACCUCUACUUGAAUAAUUGUAAUGCAUAAUUGACAACUUGUAAUAUGGCUCGAUUUCACUUUAUUUCUUCUGUUGCUAAAUUAUUUUAGCUACAUGUGUAGUAAAUGUUUGCACAUUUAGCAUUCCGUACAAACUAGCUCAAGAGAGGUUCAUAGAAUAUUCAUAAACAGAAGUUAUGUUACUGCCCUAUAAUGCUGUAAUGUUGAUGAUUCAUAAUGAACUGCACAAUGUAAGUAUUAGACUAGAAAAUGAAAUUGCUUGUAAAUCAUGAUUAGCAUUGUGGGAACACCGCAUGGGCUAACGGUCUUGGUUCUGCCGUUAAGGAGAAAAAAGUAAAUCUCCAUUAAAACAAUCUACAGUACAUGUGUAUACACUGUUUAUUUUCCAUUAUACUUCUCUAUUGUGUGUACUGUAUACCACGGUUUAGAGGGCAUCAGGUUUCUAUACAGACCACAGAAUGAUAGAAAGAGCAAAAGUGCAGAUGAUUAAGGUUAUAGAGGCUACACAGCUGUGCCUUUCAUCCCCUCCACCGACAGUUAAAGCUUUUACUGUGUACAGUAACUAUACUGUCUACAGAUAGGGUAAGAAAUUGGGCAUUUGUUUCACCGUCCUUUUACAAAAGGAAAGAUUUGUGCCUUUUUGAUUUGAAGGAAAUAAAGUAUAUUUUUUAGUUUUGUCCAGUAUUUAUCUCUCUGCCAUCAAGGCCUUGUUUGUGCUUUCCAUGUUACAAUCUCUGCAGAUACCUGAUGUACAGGAUAAUGUUGAAUUCUUUUGUUGAGAAUUAUACGUUUUGCUGAGAUUUAUUCAAAACGAUGAAAAUUGUAGAAAGGUCUAUUUUUACG